AUGAAUCUUCGGUUACGAAAUAGUUCACAUUCUCCUUCUAAUAAGCUUGCUCAAUGCCAAAUAACAAGCAAACGUGGUCGUGAAUGCAAUUACGGGGCAACUGACAAGUUAAAAUGUAAACAUGUACCAAUUGAUCUUGUGAUUGUGAUGGACGAAUCAAGCAGUAUCGGAGCUGAUGAUUAUCAGGACAGCCGUGUUGGAAUGGUGUCGUUCAGUGAUGGGGGACGUGUCAGAUUUGGCUUGGAUCAAUACAAAACGAACUCAGAUGUAACAUCAGCAAUCCGCCAGUCAGACUACGGAAGAGGUCUAACGAACAUUGCGGCUGGAAUGCAUGUCGCAACAACUGAGGUUUUCGCAAAAGCAAAAGACCGUGCUCUGAGAAAGGUGAUGCUUGUGAUAACCGAUGGUAUGGAUAUCACUGAUGUUGGAAAGGAGCAUGCUCUAGCAGAGAAAGCUGGCAUCGUCACAUAUGUAAUUGGAGUAGGCGAAGAAACUGACUAUGAAGAAUUGGUUAAAGCAGCUGGUGAUAAAAAACAUGUCUUCACCUUUGCCAACUACCAAACUUUAGCUGAUGAGAUUGAUUUAGUAUGCAGCAGUUUCAUGCUUGGUGAGUGA